ACUAAAGAUAGUUCGAAUUUGUAUGAUCACCCUCUUCCUUUUGGCUACGUAGCUUCAUUGGUCAUUCACUCAUGGUUCUGGUGACGUAGUUAGAAAGGCGUACAUUGUGUACAUGGGAGAGGCACUACAGUCAAAAACCUCUGCUACUAGUCUUCAUCACAACUUGCUUUCUUCAGUUGUUGGACGUGGCCGUAUUGCCCAAAAGUCCAUGAUAUAUAGCUACACAAAGAGUUUUAACGCAUUUGCAGCAAACCUAUUGCCAGAUGAAGCUGAAAGACUACAAGAGAACGAAAAUGUGGUGUCGGUGUUUCCUAGUAGAAUUCGAAAACUUCAUACAACAAGAUCAUGGGAUUUCUUAGGAAUGCCUCCCUCAGUAAAGAGAAAUCAUCAAAUUGAAAGUAAUAUCAUUGUUGGUUUAUUAGAUACAGGAAUUUAUAUUGAUGCUCCAAGUUUUGACGACAAAGGACUAGGACCUCCUCCAUCAAAAUGGAAGGGUAGAUGCCAAGUAGUAGGCAACUUCACCGGCUGUAACAACAAGGUAAUAGGUGCAACAUUCUACAACAACGACCCCAUCAGGGCCAAAUUAGAUCCAAAUCCAUCCCCAAUAGAUGAUGAUGGCCAUGGCAGUCACACUGCAUCCACUGCAGCAGGGGCCUCGAUAGCAGGCACAAGCUUUUACAGUUUAGCCGAAGGCAUAGCUCGAGGUGGGGUUCCAUCAGCACGCAUUGCAAUGUACAAGGUGUGUUCAAACGGAGGUUGCAGUGACAUAGACCUUUUGGCUGGAUUGGACGAUGCCAUUGAUGACAGAAUUGACGUGCUAUCAAUAUCUAUUGGAGCGUCCGCAAGUAGCUUUUUUGAGGAUCCCAUUUCGAUUGGUGCCUUUCAUGCAAUGAAGAGGGGGAUUUUCACAGCAUGUUCGGCGGGGAAUGGUGGCCCAUCUCUAUAUACUGUGCAGAACGUAGGUCCUUGGAUAAUGACUGUUGGUGCUUCUUCCAUUGAUAGGUUGUUCAGGACUCCAGUUAAACUUGGAAAUAACCUACAAACUGAUGGAAUUUCCAUCAACACGUUUUCACCAAAAAAGAAGACGUACCCUCUAACCACUGCGGGAUUAGCAGCCAAUAGUUCUUUAUCUCCAACUUCAACUCCUUGGUAUUGUAGUGAAGGAAGUUUGGACGCGAAUAAAGUCAAAGGAAAGAUCGUGCUAUGCAAUGAAUCAGCAAGUCAAACUUACAUUAAGAGCAUAGGAGGGGCUGGGGAUCUCAUAUCUCUCGUAGAGAAGAUAGAUACCACCUUUAAGUCUCUCAUCCCUGGUGCCUUUGUUGAUUCUAGUUUUGCUUACAAAAUUCUUGCAUAUGUCAACUCAACCAAAAACCCUCAGGCUGUCAUACACCAGUCCAAAUCAAUACGCAACACUGCUGCACCCUUUGUGGCUUCCUUUUCAUCCCGAGGUCCAUCCAAGAUAUCUCACACAAUACUUAAGCCAGAUAUUGUGGCACCUGGGCUAGAUAUACUAGCUGCUUACUCUAAACUUUCAUCAACGACUGGGUCUCCUUUGGACGACCGGUUUGGUGUGUAUAAUAUACUAUCUGGAACUUCAAUGGCUUGCCCUCAUGUGGCUGGUGCUGCUGCCUACAUCAAAACAUUCCACCCUAAUUGGUCUCCUUCUGCAAUUAAAUCGGCCCUAAUGACAACUGCAUCUGAAUUGAAAAUCAAGGAUGACCAAGCUGAGUUAGCAUAUGGGGCUGGCCAAAUUGACCCCAUUAGAGCACUGGACCCCGGUUUGAUAUAUGACAUUUCAACAUCUGACUAUACCCGCUUCCUAUGUAAUGAGGGCUACACUGGGACACUGCUACGCUUGUUCACUGGAGAGAUCACCAAUUGCUCAAGUCUCCCAAACAUUGGAGGACAUGAUGUCUUAAAUUACCCAUCCAUGUAUUUUCAAUUUACCAACGCUAAAUCUAGUAUAUCAGCCAUCUUUCAUAGGACAGUAACAAAUGUGGGCUCUAGAAAAUCUAUAUACAAGGCAACUGUUAGGGCGCCAAAGAAUCUAAAGGUCACUGUUAUUCCGAAUAAGUUGACUUUUAGUCAAUUGAACCAGAAAAAAUCUUUCCUGGUUGCGAUACAGGGACCACCACAAUUGCUUUCAAUUAACCAAACGACAAGUUUAUCAGCAUCAUUGGAAUGGAGUGACGGUACACAUAGAGUUAAGAGUCCCAUAUUCAUUACUUUGACUCAGCCAUGAUAGAUGUUGGUGAAAUUUCUUAGGCCUAAUGUCUAAUUUCUUUUGUUUUAGAAGAAAGGCCUAAGUUUAUCAGAUCUUCUACUAAUGAGCC